AUGGCUUCAGUACGUCCCCGGCCCACAACACUGCCCAGCCCUUCUCAUCUGCAUACUGACUGCCUCCAGCAAGCUCCCAACCAGCCGCGCCCCUACCCCGGCAACUACCUCCCCAAUGGCGGCGCUGCUUCCGGCCCUGUGCCUGGCGCUGUCCCGCUUCUUCCCAACCAAGGCCGCGUGAUCCAGCAGGGAAGCGUACGAGUGCUGUGCAUUGCUGAUGUACGAGGAAAUCUGCAGUCGCUGAACCAACUUGCUGCAGACGCCCGCGCCAAUUACAUCAUCCACACCGGUGACUUUGGUUUCUACGACGACCGCUCGCUCGACCGCAUCGCCGACAAGACACUGAAGCACGUUGCGCAGUACUCGCCCCUCUUGACUGACGCCGUAAAGCGCUCGAUCGCCCAGGCGCCGCCACAGCCCCCGAUCAAGGAGCGUUUCCAACGGGAACACUUGCCCCUCUCUGAGCUGCCUCAGUUCCUGAAUAAGACAUACACACUGAAUGUUCCCGUCUACACAGUAUGGGGUGCUUGCGAAGACGUCCAGGUGUUGGAGAAGCUGCGAUCCGGCGAGUACAAGAUCGAUAAUCUGCACAUCAUCGAUGAGGCUCACUCGCGGCUGCUGGACGUCGGCGGCGUGAAGCUCCGUCUGCUCGGUCUGGGUGGUGCCGUCGUCAUGCACAAGCUGUUCGACAACGGCGAGGGCAGGACAACCAUUGCUGGUGGCCAGGGUACCAUGUGGACCACUCUUCUGCAGAUGGGUGAGCUCGUCGACACCGCGAAUCGCGUAUACGAUCCGACCGAGACCCGUAUCUUCGUCACCCACGCCUCGCCUGCGCGUGAGGGCCUGCUAAACCAACUUUCGGUUACAUUGAAAGCCGAUUUCUCCGUGUCUGCUGGUCUCCAUUUCCGCUACGGCAGCUCGUACAACGAGUUCAGCGUCAACCCUACUCUGGACCACUACCGCGGCAAGCUGGCUGCGUCCAAGGCCUCCUUCAACGAUGUCUGGGACACAGUCAAGACUGAGGUCGAGCCUGCGAUCGCUGACAGCGACUCGCAGCAGCGCCUGUUGAACCUUGCCCUCGAGAUUGUCAACAAGAUGCCCACUGUCGCGAAUGGCGGCAACCCCUUCGGUGGCCCCACCCCUGGCCCUCAGAGCGGUGUCAUCGACGAGAGCGCGUUCAAGAACAUGUGGAACUUUAACCUCGCUGAUGCAGCCUAUGGCUGGCUUGUUCUUGACAUCGACAACGGCAGGAUUGGCACUGAGAUGCGCGCUCAGGGUUUCAACUUCGCCCACCGUGGUGGCAAGGUUGGCCAGGCCGGGCAGCCCGCACCAGCUGCUGCCACGUCCGCUACUCCUGCUGCCCCCAGCCCUGCUCCGGGUCCCUCACCCGCACAGGGACGUCCUGCUAACGUGCCAGCAAACGCUCCUCAGCAUCCUCGCCCCGCCGUCGCAACUCCUCCGGUCUCCCACCAAAACAAGGCUGCUCAGCCAGCACGCACAGGACCGUCUCCUGCACCUGGGGCGCCAAAGGAGGCGAAGGCUGCCACACCCCAGCCUACUGGACCCGCGAACACUGCCGCUGAGAAGGCUAUCCCCAGCGAAGUCAAGUCGAACGGUACGACAGCGCCCGAGAAGGGUCCUGCGUCGCCCGCCCCUCGAGAGCCUGUAGAACGCAAGGAGAGCAAGGGACUUUUCAUCACUGGUGUCAAGGACGAGGAAGAGGCCAAGGGUCUUCUCGCCGAGGAAGACAGAUCUAAGAUCGAGAAGCUUGAAAAGAUCAAGCACUUCUUUGUCGCCCACUUCAACUCGCCCACAGAGAUGCAGGCUGCCCUCGGCCGUGUCUCUGCCGAUGUCAAGAACGCUAGGGGCGGACCCGACAAGCCCAGCAUCAAAGUGUACAACGAGCGCGGCAAUGCGCCCAGAUACGGUGCCGGCAGCUGGCAAGCAAGCAGCCGUGGCGGACCCGCUGGUGCUGGCGGCUAUAGGAGUGGCGGUGCUUCUGACAGCGAAGGCGGCCGUGGAGGACGUGGAGGCCGAGGAGGCCGCGGCGGUGCGUUCCGUGGCAGUGAGCGUGGUGACCGUGGAGGUGGUCGUGGCCGUGGAGGAAGGGGCGGAUACCGAGGUGGAGCGACUGAGGGUGGUGCUGCCCCAGCAGCUACAGGAGGCGAGUCAUAG